CUGGGUGGGUGGAUUCAGCUUCCGUAACUGAAGACACAUUUUUAUUUUUUUAAGUUUUCUCUUCUGUCUGAAUUUAUGUUUGCGCCUUGGACAUCAUGUCGCGCAGGAAGCAAGCUAAGCCUCAGCAUGUACAGUCGGAUCAUAAUUCGCCUUUAUUGGAAACCACCGGGGGCACACACCAGGGUAUAGGGACUCCCCCCACCUUGGACUAUUGUGCUCAUGUCUGCAGUAGAUGCUGUGCUGAGUUUGUUGAACUAUCAGAUCUGGAACGACAUGUCAGGGAUUGCUUUUCCAAUCAGUUAGUCCUGAUUGUCAAUGACAAUGAAGACCUAGUGUCGUCUGCUGAAAUGUUCCCUCUAGCCUCGUCGCCCAGUACACCAGGCGAAACAGUCAACAACUCUGAAAUGGAAGAGUGCAGUGAUCUGUUGGAGGAGAAACCAGAGGGGAAUGAAGACUCUAUGGAUGUUUCCAGAAGUAAGAGAAGCAAUGGCCGGCUAGAUAGCACCAGUAGCAGCCGGAGCAGCAGUACUGACAGCCUGACUGAUAUUGUCUCAUGUAUCUCAGUUCUCCCAAUUUCACUACCUCAACCUGGCAACAAACUGUCAGAACAGCAGGGGACAUUAUCAUGGUUCAACAGCAACGUCAUCAUUGAAAACCUAGAGAGCACUAAAGUGGCCGUGGCCCAGUUUUGCCAGCAGAGCCGAUCGGACACCGGCUACAGUGGCAGUAGUAAGAUAGCCAUCUCAUCUCUGAUGGAGAGACUCCUGGCUCUGCAGCUGCAACAGAUCCACCAGUUGCAGCUGAUGGAUCAGAUUUGUCACCAGGUCUUACUGUUUGCCUCCCAGAGGUCAGAGGAAUCAGAGUCUCCAACACAGACACCCAUCAGCUGCCCUCAGGGUAGUCUAGCAUCAACGCAGGCCACCCAGCUGACAACCCUCAGUUCUCAUCUAUCCCAGCAGGUAGCUGCAGCCACUGGGUUAGCCCACAGUCUCGCCACUCAGUCUGCCAGCAUUAGUCACUUUAAACGAUUAACAACAACAGUACAGUUACCACAUAGCCCCCUUGGUAGCAGCAUUGUGCACUCUGGCACCGAACCCUUACAAAGCAUGGGUAAACUCAUAGCUUCAGCAGUUAGCAAGCCCCACUCUAGAAAGAAGUACACUCAUGCUAAAGGUCUGUACCCUCAACUAAAUGUUUCAGCCCAUACCAAAAUGAACUCACCAGCACUUGGCCCAGGUAUCUUGCUAAACCCAUCGAAUAAACCAUGUCUACCUCAGCCACCAUCCAGCAAUCAAACACUCUCGAGUGCUGGACCAAGCAUUGGUGCAAUUGUGGAGGAUCUGAAUGCUUUGACGGCAUUAGCCCAACAAAGGAAAGACAAACCAACCAAUGCGACUUCUUUAGAACACAAAAUGUCUUCUGAACGGGCUUACUUUAAACACAAAUGCAGGUUUUGCGCUAAGAUAUUUGGGAGUGACAGUGCCAUGCAGAUCCAUUUGCGAUCCCACACUGGGGAGAGGCCAUACAAGUGCAACAUCUGCGGGAAUCGUUUCUCCACCCGUGGGAACUUGAAGGUACACUUCCAGCGGCACAAAGAGAGGUACCCUCACAUCCAGAUGAACCCUUACCCUGUUCCAGAACACCUUGACAAUAUCCCAACCAGCACAGGAAUCCCUUAUGGUAUGUCUAUGCCACCACAAAAACCAGUUACAUGCUGGCUGGAGAGUAAAUCAUCUCUAGCCACCUUGACUACUUCUGUUGGCCGGUUGCUCCCAACUGUUUCACCCAACUUACCUUUUCUUAUCAAGAAAGAGGAGCAGCCUGUCUCAAUAACCACGCUUUCCAGUCCAGGCGUACGUGAAUCAUCUAGUGCGGUAAAGUCUACCAAGUGUGUUGACCUUGUAGAGCCUGGCAAAGUCCCCACCGUCUCCACCUUGAAUCUGAAAAGAGAAGAGGUUAAACCCCCUUUGACCUUUGUCUCAAGGAUGAGUUCGAGAAAAGAAGGAUCAGCUGACUAUAUAUCCGCCAACAUCACUUCCAUUAGCACAAAUCCCAUCAAGUUGGAGCAGUUCAAGAUCAAACAUCCCUUCGGAGGAGGAGUCCAUGAUCCCCUGCAGACAUCAGAGACCUCAAAACUCCAGCAGCUAGUGGAGAACAUUGACAAGAAGAUUACGGACCUCAACGAGUGCAUCAUUUGCCACCGCAUACUUAGUUGCCAGAGCGCCCUCAGGAUGCACUACCGCACCCACACAGGAGAGCGGCCCUUCAGAUGUAAAGUGUGCGGACGGGCAUUCUCUACCAAAGGGAAUCUGAAGACGCACCAUGCAGUUCAUCGUGCCACGCCGCCACUGAGGGUCCAGCACUCCUGUCCCAUAUGCCAGAGGACGUUCACCAACACUGUUGUCCUACAGCAGCAUAUUCAUAUGCACAUGGGUGGCCAGAUUCCCAACACUCCACUCUCUGAACAGAACUACCAAAAGUCAAUGGAGUCUGGCAGAGGUUCAGUGGAUGAAAGGAAAUUAGAAGAGUUAGAGAACCUUUCUGAUGAUGAUAUGGACUUCAAUGACUGUGGGAUUGCAGGUAUGUCCAGGUUUAUUAACUCCUUAUCUGGCAGCUUGUCUCCUUCUGAUAGUACAGGAGCAGGCUCCUUUGAUGCCCAGAAGAAACUCAACUAUCUUAGGCCAGUGGAGGAGAUGCAGGUCAGCUGGUUUAAGACAAAGGGACUGGCUAAAGAGGAUCAAUAUGCCUAUGACUCAUCAUCAACUCUUUGCGGUGACCGAAGUGAUGGGAGACUUGCUGUUUCUGAGAAUACAGCUGCAAAGCACUUUUUUCCCCCAAGCGAGAGUGUUCCAGUAUGUUCUAGCCCCACAAGCUGUGAGGAAAGGUACCAGAAUGAUUUAUCCCAGGCACAUAUCAAUCCAAGCCCUCUGCAAUUCACUGACACUGGCAUGGCAUCUCUUCACCACUUAAAAAAUUUAAACCCAUUAACGAAUCCCACUAAUAUGGUCCACACAUUCUGUGAACGAGGCAUUUUUAAGAACACUGCAUGCAAUAUUUGCAGCAAGACAUUUGCCUGCCAAAGUGCCUUGGAUAUCCAUUAUCGAAGCCAUACCAAGGAGAGACCCUUCAUUUGCACAGGGUGCAACAGAGGGUUCUCCACUAAGGGGAACCUCAAGCAGCACAUGCUAACCCAUCAGAUGAGGGACCUGCCAUCCCAGUUGUUUGAGCCCAGCCUUGCUUCCAGCCCCAAUUCUUUUGUAAAUCCUCUGGCCUCCCAAAUGAUUAAGCCAGAAGUGAACAGUUUCCUGGGUAGCGUCCCCUAUGGGGAACCAAGGGAUCUUCAAGGCAAUUUGAGUUUGAGGAUGUCCUCAGCCUCCUCCUCCCCAGCGCUCGCUGCCCUGCCACCUCGACGAACUCCCAAGCAGCAUUACUGCCACACUUGUGGGAAAACCUUCUCUUCCUCCAGCGCCUUGCAAAUCCACGAGAGGACUCACACUGGGGAGAAGCCGUUCGCUUGCACUGUCUGUGGUCGGGCAUUCACCACCAAAGGAAAUCUGAAGGUCCAUAUGGGAACUCACAUGUGGAGUAGUGCCCCCACCAGGCGAGGACGCAGACUGUCUGUGGACGGACCAUUGAUGUUUAUGGGAACCCAUCCUGUGAAGCUAUCAGAGCCAAUUCAGAGGCCAGACAUUAGGUCCAGUAAUGGAGACUCCUUUAGUCUCUGGAACCACUGUACAGACUCCUUCUCUAAGAAUUUGGCCUUGAGGACCAAUGAUAUCUCAGUCAUCCAGAACGGAGGCGGGCCUUACCUCUCUGGACCAAUAGGGCAUGGGGCCAGCUCACCCAAAGGGAGUGUAAAUGUUGGUCUAGACAAAUUUCCCAGUACAGAACACAAUGCUUCUUUGACGCUGCCUGGGGAAAAUGAUACAGAAAGUUCGACUUACUUCCGUUUCACUCAUUUGAUGGAGGAGAGGAAGGAAAUGAUUGCCAAUUAAAGAGACUGUAUAUUAUUUUAGGGAGAGGGAAGGCUGCUGUUGUUGAUGGACUAGAGCUUUCUUCUUUGAAGGAAAUUAACUGCGAUGUUGGAAUAGACUGAGUUUCUUUGAGUUUGUGUAUAAAUGAUAAUAACCUUAUUUGGAGUCAAGUGUCUAGUAAAGUCUCCCUGCUUUUCAGUGUGCUUAUUAGAGUUUGACUGUUUUUUAUGACCUAUUUACAUGGGUAAAAUAGCCUAUUGGUUGUGUAAUUAUGCUUAAUGUUACGGUUUUAUAAUUCUAAUAGAAUUUUGAGGUGUUGAUUAUGUUAUUGAAGAGGAAUUCACUUGUAACAUACUUUGUCAUAUCUUUGUGAAACACACGGAUAUAUAAUUGAUGUGUCAAUAUCAAUGUACUAAUAUACUUUAUACAUCGGGUGGGUCUAAUCCUGAAUGCUGAUUGGUUAAAACCGUAUUCCAGACGGUGUCUAUUCCACAAGUUACCACUGGCUAAAUCUAUGAUGUUAAAAUGUCUAUGUACUCUGUUCCAUCUGACAGAGCAAUCCACUGUCUCAUCAGCCCAGCCGGGCAAUUUAUAAACUCGAUCUCCACUAUAAAAAGUAUCUAGACAUUAUCUCACAUUUCUUUUAGACUAACAUUUAGUUUUCAACAGCGGAGAUUUGUGUCAGUAUAAACUCUCUCGACAUUUACAACAUUGUUUCAAUAUUCAAAUUCGAUCUGUCCCAUCUGUCCCAUAGUAAUGAACGUUUUGGGACGUAACAAAUAGGCAGCAGCGUUUCUCAUCCAGUCGAAAUCAUAAUUUUUAUGGAUAUAUACAAAGAAAUGUCAAUUGAAAAAAGGUCAAACGAAACAAAGUGCAGCUAGUUUGCAGUAUUUCCAGCUUCAGUUUGAAGUGAUUGUGUUAGCUGUGUUGUUGGCUAGCUCCUCAGAAGAACAGUGUCCUGAGGAGAGUGCACAUUUUCUAAGGCAGGUGAAAUAGUGCAUCAUUACCUCAUUGUUAUGGAUGUAUCCAAAUAAAUGUCACUAGAAAACAGCUUAAACAAAUGCAAAUGCAGCUACUGUUGUUAUUCUGGCUGCACUGUUUGACAUGACUGUAAGUUAGCAGUAUGGCAAUGGAGCAUUACAAAAAAUGAAUGACUGGGACACGUCCAUAGAUGUAGAACAAAAAGACUGAACGACUGGGUCGCAUCUCCGGCAACCGAACCGAUAGGACGGAUGACCAGCCGACUUGGGUAGCAACCCUAGAUUUGUGUCAGGACUAUAUCUUGUGGUAGGAUGAAAUAGUAUUAAUAAAUUAAUCAAAAUAAAGUUCAUGAAAAUAUGUCAACCAUUAUUUGAAUGUGUUGGUAACCCGUUGUAUAAAAGUGAUAAUGCCCUCGAAGCCGGUGUUUGGAGGAUAUAUUGGACCUAGACAAAGUCUCUGGCCUAACAUCACCCGUGCCAAUAUAUCCCAGAAACACCGGCUUCGAGGGCAUUAUCACUUAAGUAAUUCAUGUUCAUUUACUAUUUCUCAAACACUCACAGCAAAAUAUGACUAAUAUGUAAUAAUGACAUUUCAAAUAAGGAGGCAACAUACAUUGCACAUGUAGGCCAACUGUAAAGAGAAGUACUGUUACUUGAGGUGCUGUAAUACAUUGUAAAUCUUUUUACCAUUGGUUUUCAGAAAAUGAUUGGCCAUUACACGACUUCUGUACCUCAGUUGUUGAAUAAUCCUAUUCUGUGAUAUGCUGUGGAAACUGUUAUC